UAUGAUUUGCACGCCAAGCGGAGUUGGGUUAUAUAUGCUGGCGUGAGCAGCACCCGCGGUCAGAGGUUCAGCGGUCGUGCUUGAGUGGACUUGGUAGAUUGGAAUGAUGGCGGGCUCUUACAGUAACCUAGUGGUCCUGUCCUGCACCACGGCCGGUCAAGCGGCCGGAGAGCUGCUCGGAUCGGACGAGAGCGAGAUUCUGCACAUGCUGUGGUCCGUAGUGGACACUACAGCGAACACGGUGUCGGUCCCCGUACAGAGUCUGGUGGUCAAACCCGAUCACAGCGAACUUUCCGAGGAGGCCAAGUCGAGGACCGGGCUGGACGAGCAGGCCGUUGCCGGCGGAGCGCCCAUCCAAGCCGUCUUAGAACAGCUACACCAGUCUCUCACCAACGGGGUCGGGGCACCGUACUGUCUGGUGGUGGACGGGCAGCAGGCCAUGAGGCAGUGCCUCCACCCGGAGACCUGCAAGAAGGGCAUCAGCCUCCCCGACUACUUCUACGCCUUCUUCGACUUGAGACGGGAGUUUCGGAAAUUCCAGUCGACCUCCCCGGCGAUCGACUCCGUGGCGGACAUGGCACAACACCUUGGGUUGGACGUGAGUACAGUAGACGAAUGCCAAGCCAUGUGCCUGGUCAUCCAAAGGCUGAUCGGAUCAGGGCACAAGUUUACGGAUCCUGAAACAGUGGACUACAAGUACGAGCCGGGAACAUACCAAAAGAAUGAGCUUAUUGAUGACGAUACCAUAUUGCGCGUGCGCGGUCUUCCAUGGCAGUCUUCUGACCAAGACAUCGCUAGGUUCUUCAGAGGACUCAACAUCACCAAAGGAGGAGUUGCGGUCUGUUUGAACCCUCAGGGAAGGAGAAACGGGGAGGCUCUGGUUAGGUUCGCUUCUAAGGAACACAGAGACCUCGCUCUACUCAGACAUAAGCACCACAUAGGCCAGAGAUACAUAGAGGUUUACAAAGCCACGGGAGAGGACUUCUUGAAAGUAGCUGGAGGAAACGCAAACGAGGCCACGGCGUUCCUUAGGGACAGCGCAGCAGAAGUCAUCGUGCGCAUGCGUGGUCUUCCCUACACUGCCACUGCUGCUGAUAUUUUGAAUUUCUUCGGCCAGAGUUGCCCGGUAGCCGGAGGAGAGAAAGGGAUCCUGUUCGUGAGGUACGCCAACGGACGGUCGACGGGAGACGCCUUCGUGUUGUUCGAGACCGAAGCUUACGCCCAGCUCGCGCUAGCCAAGCACAAGGAGUCCCUGGGCAAGCGGUACAUCGAGCUGUUCAGGAGCACGGCGGCCGAGGUGCAGCAGGUGUGGAACCGUUACCAGCAGUUCCCGCUCAUCCCCACCACCCCCACCAUGAUACCCAUGCUGCCUCAGCAGGCCAUCACCUGUGGGUCCAUCCGGGACUGCGUGCGCAUGCGCGGACUGCCCUACCAAGCAACCCACGAUGACGUCCUGGCGUUCCUGGGAGACUUCGCCGUGUACGUCCGAGACCACGGGAUCCAUAUGGUGCUCAACUCAACGGGCAAGCCAUCCGGUGACUGUUUUAUCCAGAUGUACUCCCCCGAGGCCGCGCGCCAGGCUGCCGAGAAGUGCCACCGCCAGUACAUGGGCGACCGUUACAUCGAGGUCUUCCAGUGCUCUGGGGACGAGAUGAACUUCGUCCUGAUGGGGGGUCAGCUGAACAAGAACGGCAUCGUCUCGCCUCCCGUGUAUCCAGCAGAAGCUCCAGUCCUACUCGAUGCCCAAAUGUGUGACUACCUGGGCCAGCAAAUGACGGCCACGGCCUCGGGACCGGCAGCGGCGGCAGCGGCAGCCGCAGUGGCAGCGGCGAACCAGUACCAGUACCCGGGGUACCCACCGCAGGUGCAGGUGCCGCAGAUGCACAUCCACCCGCAGGGAAUGAUGCAGAGCCCGCGGGGGAUCCCGAGCCCGGCCGCCGCCACCUCACCUUACUACACCUCGGCGGCGGCGGCAGCAGCAGCGGCGGCGGCGGCAGCAGGCUACCCUCCCGCCAUGUACCCGCAGUACUACUUCCCCAGCCCGCCCGUCUCCCCGACCAGCGUCGGCUACUACCCGCCACCCUCACCCGUGCUACGCGUGCGGGGGAUACCGUUCAACGCUGGAGUCCCUGACGUAGUCAACUUCUUCGGAGGUUAUCAGGUUGGUGCCUCCUGAGUACGUACAGAUGCUUGUGGACGUGCUGGGACGACCCACGGGAGAAGCCAUCGUCACCUUCCUCUCUCACGAGUGCGCUCAAAAGGCUCUCUUGGAGAAGAACAGACAACUCUUGGGGAACCAUCCGAUCGAACUAGCGCCUUUAGAGCUAGUCCCAGCACUGUAGUGUAAGCAACCAUAGUGUUACAGUUUUCUGUGUUACAUUUUCAACCCAAAAAACAACUUUCUUCAAAGCCAUUGAUACUGAUAUCCCACUUAAACAUGGGGAACUUUUGGAAACAAAUCAAAGAACGUUGUACUAACUAGUGUGAUUUUUGUAGAUAUCGAAUCGCAUAAGGACAAUCAUGGAUGUAGUAUAUACAAGAGGUAAGCAGAGGUAUAGCUUCCUCACUGUGCGAAUUAGAGUCAAUGAUUAUAUAUAUUAUAGUGUGAUAUAUAAUGUGACAGACAAUCAUGUCUAGUGGCGAUUAAGCCAACUGAUUUUGAAGCAAAACCAGCUUUAAUGUCGGCUGUGACCCACAGAACCAACUACAGCCGACACUUGUUUGUAGUUUUUGAUGUACUUGAUAUUUUAUAAGUAGGUAGUGUUACUCUAUGCAAACUUUAAGUACAGUACGGUGGACAUGCCCCAAAACACCUAUACAUAUCCGAAUGCUCUUCACCAGGCAGUAGUUAUUUCUUAUAUAAGUCCUUUGAGUCGUUGAAUGUAUGUAUAUGAAGUACCUGAAUGUAUAUUUUGCACCUUAAAUGACAUGUAGACUUUAGAUACUGUCACUGGACGCAAUCAGUGAAAACAAAAAAACAUCGCAGGAUGUCACAAAAGAUUCUCUCUUAGUGAGGAAUUUCUUUUGUUCAUCCUGUGACAAUAGUUCAGGAAACGUAGCUGAAAUGUCUUGUGCACUUUGUAUUAUUCCCUCGUGUUUGUAAUAGCGAUUUUUCCCAGGCUAAAAAAAUGCCAAUGUUGAAAUUCGCCACACUUGCAGUCGACUUUUCGAAUCCGAUGUGCCUUAAGACAGAUUAUAACUCCUACAGGCGUACCUUCAGUCUUAACAGGAAGCAAGUAACCAUGUCGUGCACUUAAGGGAAGACAUAACUAUAUAAUAUCACAUCUCCCGAACGGUUUUAUUAAUAAUUGAUGAUCGAGUUUUAUUGUUUUGAGAUGAUAUGAUUUCGUUGAGAUUAUUAAGACUUUUUUGAGCAAUGUUUGUAUAUCUUUGCUGCAUACAGGUGUCGCGAAAUAUGAUUUCAUGACAUAUUGUCAUAUCGAUAUUUUACGUUUCUAUGUCAGGCACCUUUACGCAUGUGCGCAUGUGCAAUACAUAAGGGAAAGUAACCAAUCAGAACGUGGUGUAGAUGUCAGCUGACCACCCUUCGGAUGUGACAUUUUAGCCCUAUGGUUUCGAAAAAUCUGGACCACUAGCAAGUAAAAGAAAACAAACAAACAAACAAAUAAUUACACUAACAAUUUGUGUGAUACUCUGUGCUUUGCAGUCAACUUUGUCGAUAUAACAUUUGUUUGGAAAGAAUGUUACGACUUCAUAAUUACUAAGAUACUCCGACUGUCCAUGACCACGCCUUAAAAGCCAUGUACGUAUGUAGCACCCCUGUUCCUAAGUUUUUCCAACAAGGAACAGGGAGAUAUUUAUUGUGUAAACGCGUUCGUUCGCGUCGUUGACUAUUGUGUGAACGCGUUCGGUAACGUUGUUUGACUCUUGUGUGAACGCGUUCGUUCGCGUUGUUGACUAUUGUGUGAACGCGUUCGUUCGCGUUGUUGACUAUUGUGUGAACGCGUUCGUCGGCGUUGUUGACUGGUAAACUUGCACAUCUUGCCGAAGAAAAUAUUUUUAAGAUUUGUAUCUCACUUUUGUAUAUUAGUCUGAAAGAAUGAACAAAUAAAUAUGUUAAAU